AUGAAAAUUAAUGAUGAUCUAUAAAAGGAACUAAGUUUGCAAAAUUUGCAAUCUUUAUUACAAAAAUAAAAGGAUUCUAUUUCAACUAAAAAUUAAAAAGCUUCCUUUCUUAAAUGCAUAGUCCUUAUACUAGGUACAUUUUUAAUGUUUGGAAAUAAUUACUCCUUUGAUAAUCCUUAGGCUUUAUAGACUUAAUUGAUUCAACAAUUAGACAUUACCAUCUCUUAAUUUAAUUUACUAUAUUCAGCUUUUGCAUUUCCAAAUAUCUUCUUAACCUUAAUUGGGGGAGUGAUCACUAACAUUUUAGGUAAGAUUUACAUAAUAUUUUAAGGAGUUAGAGUGGCAAUAAUAGGAUUUAGUUUAGCUAUUGUGAUUGCGUAACUCAUUAUAUCAUUUGGUGGUUUAUAUUAAAAUUUUUGGUUAAUGUUACUUGGUAGGAUUAUUUUUGGAACUGCUUCAGAAAAUCUAUUAAUUGCUUAAACAACCAUUAUAGGAAAAUGGUUUAGAGGAAAAGAACUAUCUACUGCAAUUGGAUAUGUAAUGGCAAUACCUGAAUUUGCAUGUGGAAUGAAUUCUUUUAUUACUCCUAUUAUAUAUAAUGCAUUUGGUCUUUUGGCCUAUCCACUAUUCUUCAGUGCUUUUCUAUGUUUUCUAUCCUUCAUAUGUGGAGUUAUCUUAUGUAUUCUAGAUAAGAAGAAUGAUUAAUAAUAAAUGGGUAAUAAUUGAAAAAACAAUAUAUAUAGAAUUAAAUUAAGAAAUUCAUACAAUUGAUAAGGUAUCCUUUAGUGAUAUUAAAAAUUUUACUUUCACUUUUUGGACACUUAUUAUUGUAUGUGCUUUAUAAAUCGGAUCUUACACACCCUUUUUGGAUAAUGCAAAUGAUUUUUUGUAGUAAAAAUUUGAUUUUACUUAUCUAUAAUCUGGAAGAUUGCUGA